UGAAAACGACCCCGCGCGCGCGUGGAGGAGGAGGAGGAAGGGGGAGGUCACGUGACGGUCGCGGGCGCCGCCGCCGCCGCUUUGUGAGCGCACCGGGCAGAUUUUGUAUUUUGUACAUACAUUGUUUUGUAUAUACUGUAUAUGAUGACUUCAGUGGGCAGUGAACGUACCCGGGGCACUCGGGACAAAAUGCAAAUUUCAGCCGCACAGCCGACACAACCACAGAAACAAGUAGUGCAGGCAACAGCAGAACAGAUUCGCCUUGCUCAGAUGAUCUACGAUAAGAAUGACGCAGAUUUUGAAGAUAAAGUGAAACAACUUAUGGAAGUGACGGGGAAAAACCAGGAUGAAUGCAUAGUGGCACUACAUGAUUGUAAUGGGGAUGUGAACAGAGCAAUCAACAUACUGCUGGAAGGAAGUUCAGACACGACUUCUUGGGAGACUGUAGGGGGAAAGAAGAAAAGCCUUGGAAAGGAAGGUUCAGAAAACAAAGAGAACAGAGAGAAACGAGGGGACAGAGAAGUGAGUCGCGGACGGGGAAGUUCCAACAGACGGGGAAGAGGAGGCAGCCGUGGACGAGAGUUUAGAGCUGAAGAGAAUGGAGUGGACAACAAUCUAGGAGACAGGCCUUCAGACCGUGGGAAACGUGGCCGUGGGAGAGGGUUUGGACGUGGCAGAGGGAGAGGAGCGGGGAGGUUUUCAGCCCAAGGCAUGGGGACAUUUAAUCCUGCAGACUAUACGGAGUCUUCUGCCACUGAUGGCUUUGGGACAAAGUCAGAGAUCUGGGAGACUGGUCAGAAUGAUGCAGAUGAUGGAACUGGAGCAUGGAAGAACUCAAUAGAAGAAUGGACAGCAGAAGACUGGAAUGAAGAUCUUUCUGAAACAAAAGUCUUCACUGCAUCUUCUGUUCCAGCUGAAAAUCAUGUGACUCCUGGGCAAAGCAUUGAUUUGGUGACACUGCUUCAAAAGCCGGUGACAUCUACCCAAGAGACUGAAGGCAACUCAUUUGAGUCUUCUCAGCAGCAGACCUUUGGCCAAGCCUUAGUAUUCACAAAUUCUCAGCACAGCACCCAGAUGGCAUCAGGAACAGGCAGCUCCAGUGCUGUAAACUCUUACUCUCCUCAAAGUCUGUCGGCAGUUCUUUGUUCUGGCUUUGGAGAGCUCAGAUCUUCUAAACUGGCAAACUCUACUGGUUCCCAAAUCUUGGACCAAUUGAAAUCACCGGGAUUGGGUCAGUUUACCUCUCAACAAACCAAUAGCAGUUCUGCCACCACUAGCACAGUUGCUGCAUCCUCCUGGGAUCUAAAACCACCUAGUACUCAGUCCUCAGUCCUCAGUCAGUUUGACUUUAAAUCCCAGCCUGAGCCAUCUCCAGUUCUGAGCCAGCUGACACAGCGACAGCAACAAAUGCAGGUGGUUCCUGUUCCUCCUCCUGGGCUGGAGUCGUCCUCCUCCCAGGUAAAACUCCGAGAGCCAUCACCAGUAGACACCUCUACAGCUGUUAGCAAAAUAUUGCAGCUCCCCACUAUCUCUAUGGAUAACCAAGCAGUGACUGUUCAUCAAACCCAGCAGAAACAGAUAAAACCACCAAAAAGGAGGAUAACUCCUGCAUCCAAGAUUCCUGCCUCUGCUGUGGAGAUGCCUGGAUCAGCAGACAUGACAGGGUUAAAUGUUCAGUUUGGAGCUCUUGAGUUUGGAUCAGAGCCUACACUCCCAGAGUUUGGAUCAACAUCAAGCAGUGAGAAUACCAACCAGGCGACCAACAAUAGCUUAUAUUCAAAAUCUGUAAAGUAUGUUGAUCCUUUGAAUACCUCUUUGCCAAUAUCCAAUACAGUACAGGACUCCACCUACACAACCUCUGCCAUCAGCUCUUCCAGUCUGACCUGCUCAUCCCAGAGCACUAGCUCAGUAACAACUUCCUCCUAUGAGCAGACCUCUGUGCAUAGCAGGAUAGCGUACCAAAGCUCCAUGGCUCCGUCUGAACCAACCCCUGUUGCCGUUACGAAUGGGCACAGUGGUGUUAGGACACAGGCAACACUUGACACUAUUCCAUCAGUUGCAGCGCCUAAGACAGAGCCUUCUCCCUCGCUACCUUCAGCUGGUUCUCUGCCCAGUGUGGUGUCUACCACAGCCUCGCUUCUGCCUUCAGCAUCGCAGCACGUGGCAGCAUUGCCCAGCUUGCCUCAGUCCAGUGAUCUGGCCAGCAGCUCACUCUCCCAGCUGAGCAGCUCCCUUUCCAGUCAUCAGACCAGCCUCUCUCCUGCCUCAGUGUUGUCUUCAGGCACAUCACAUGUGCACACUAGUAUUGAGAACACAACUUCGCUCCAGCCCUCAACAACCUUUUCAACUGCUUCAACCUCAGCCACUAGCACCACCUCCUCGGUUGUCAGCAUGGCAAGCAGUAUGAACACUACAAACAGCCUUGGCCUGAGUGUUACCAGUGUGUCUAUACCAGCUGCUACCACACGAGCAGCUCCCUUAGUGUCUUCAGGCAAAGCACCCCCAAACCUGCCCCAAGGUGUACCACCCUUGUUGCAUAACCAGUAUAUUGUGGGACCUGGAGGACUUCUGCCUGCCUACCCACAGAUUUAUGGUUAUGAUGAUCUCCAGAUGCUUCAAUCCAGACUGCCAAUGGAUUACUAUGGAAUUACAUUCCCGGCUCCUGCAACCUUGACAGGCAGAGAUGGGAGCCUUGCUAACAACCCAUACUCAGGUGGCCCUCGAUGCAAGCCUUGCUUUCCUGGCCUUCAGCUACUGUCUUCAGAACUUUGGUGGUGUGAGGUAACAAAAUUUGGCCGUGGAGACACUGCCUCUCCUGCUCCUGCAACCACGCUGGCCCAGCCGCAGCAGAACCAGACACAGACUCACCACACGACUCAGCAGCCCUUCCUCAACCCGACCCUGCCCCCAGGGUACAGCUACACCGGGCUCCCUUACUAUGCUGGGAUGCCCGGUGUUCCCAGUGCAUUCCAGUAUGGGCCAACCAUGUUUGUACCUCCAGCAUCUGCUAAGCAGCACGGAGUCAACCUGAGCACGGCCUCGACUCCCUUUCAGCAGGCGAGUGGCUACAGCCAGCACAGCUACGGUGCAGGCUACGACGACUUAACGCAGGGAACAGCAGCUGGAGAUUACAGCAAAGGAGGCUACAGUGGCUCAUCUCAAGCACAAAGCAAAUCUGCUGGCACUGGACCUGGGAAAGGUGUUUCUGUGACCUCAAGUAACACGGGUGUGCCUGAUAUCAGUGGCUCAGUCUAUAACAAGACUCAGGUGUUCAGUGUGACUUGGCUUCCUCAUGGGACGUUUGACAAGCAGGGAUUCCAUGCUGGCACUCCACCUCCCUUCAGCCUGCCCUCUGCUCUCGGAUCCACUGGGCCCCUCAACCCUGGUGCUGCCCCGGGCUAUGCUCCAGCCCCGUUUCUCCACAUCCUCCCUGCACAUCAGCAGCCUCAUUCCCAGAUGCUGCAUCACCACCUGCAGCAGGAUGGGCAGGGUGGAUCUGGCCAACGCAACCAACCCAGCACCAUGCAGCAAAAGUCUCAGGCUACCAAAACCGCCUAUGGCACUUCUCCAUACUGGACAAACUAAACCCGAAACCGGGGAGGGGGGAGAGAAUGAAAGGAGAGGAGGAAGGAAAAAAAAAAAAGAGAAAACAAAAGAAAAGAGAAAAAAGAAAAUAAAAGCUGAAGCCCAUUCUUGGA